CCCAUAUAGAAAAUAUAAACAAAAAUUUGAUGAUUGAGAUGUUAAAUCUAUACAAUUAAUGUAAACAAAUUUCAAGUUAGACUUGACAUGGUUUUACAGGGAAUUCCAACAUCACAGAAUCUAUAUAUAAGAAUCAAGAUGAGAAAUGAAGGAAUUAUAAUAGAUUGAAAGAUGAACCCUUUCAAGUCUCCCACACUUCUUCUUCUUCUGCAUAUCAUCUUCUUCUUCUUAAUUUCCUCCUCCAUUAAUAUCAUAGGAUCAUCAACAACAACACCAAAAUUUAGGAACAUCAGUGAGAUUCCUCAGAAUAGCUAUGGAAUAACUGGAUAUUCUCAUAUUACUCUUGCUGGUUUAUAUGCCCAUGGAAUGAAAGAGGUUGAGGUGUGGCUUCAAACGAUUGCCCCAGGGUGCCAUACUCCGAUCCACAGGCAUGACUGCGAAGAAGUGCUUGUAAUCUUAAAGGGAACAGCAACUUUGUUUUUUGCCUCCAAUUCACACCCUUCAGACUUCCCUGGAAACCCUCAUCGGAUUCCCGUCUUCCAAAAUUCCACCUUUAUUGUACCCGAUAAUCAUCCCCACCAGAUGUGGAAUACACAUGAACAUGAAGAUCUACAGUUUCUGGUAGUUAUAUCAAGGCCUCCUUUCAAAGUGUUCGUCUAUGAUGACUGGUUCAUGCCUCACACGGAAGCUAAACUCGAGUUUCCCAUCGUUUGGGAUAAAGGUUUUGUCCAACCAGACAUCUCUAAGGAUCAUCAUCAUGACCUCUAACUUACCUUAUAUUUGAAACUCAUAAAGAGAUACAUGAGAGGAAAAUUAAGGAAAGUCUCUAUUCUGAGUGGGUGAUAUUAGAUAUGUUGGUCUCUUUUAGACCGUGUAUCUUAUUCUAUGCAUCUUUAAUUUCAUAAUAAUGGGAAGAUUAAUAAUUCAUGUGGUAUAAUACCUACUAUAUGUUAAGCUGGUU